AUGGACAAUAUAGAUAGGGUGCUGCUGUCACCUAGCGGACCUCUGGACCUCUGUCAGGUAGCCUACACACGGUACAGUAUUUAUUUAUGGUAGCCUAGACAGUACACACCCCACAUUAUCUGCACUUUAUGUAAGGGUGUGUGAACUGAAAAGCCUGCCUCAUUCAUUCAGGAUGAAUGAAUAAAUAAACUUCAGUAUAAAACAUUGGUAAAGGAAGUUAGCCUAGUAUCAUUGCAAUAAGUAGGCUAGGCCUAGGCUACAGCUUUUAGCCUAGGCCUACUUGUGAUUACACUUACUAUUAUAAAAAUAUUAUAGACAGUGCCUAUAUAAUAAGAUUAGGCCUAUAGGCCUACUGCUCUAUGUAGAAUAACAAUUUAAAUAGGGAAUACAUCUGAAACGACACCCUUUUCCCAUUUAUAGCCUUGAACGUUAGUCUCUGGCUGCUUGUUGAGAACAAAACAAUAAUUUCGUAUGUAGGCACGGAAUUUAUCGAUGACAGCCCGGUGCCGCGUCUCAACCAGUCGUCAUCGCGUUGAAUCGUUAAGGGGCGUAACGUUCCAGAACGCGUGCGUAACGUAUGUAUGCGACCCAGAACGUCCUGCUCCCCGCUGAUCUCAUCGGUUAAUGGACUAAAGAAAGGAUGAGGGUUUGAGAAAACACAUUUUCGUUACCGAAUACCGUGAAGCCAGUGUAAUGCGAUAGUGAAAAGAUAUUGUCUCUCUCGCCACGCGCAUGGCGCGUUAGGGGAAACUGCAGGCUACAGCUGUCUGUCCGGUCAGCUGUUUUUAUUUACCGAGAGACAGCAGCAUCACUAGGAGGGCACGAGACCACAGACUAGUCUAUACCGGCGCCCCGGACCCCACAGACCAGACCGUCAGGACUAACGUAGAGGACAGAGAGAGGAGGCCAGAGAGAGAGAGAGAGAGGAGGAUGGAGUUUAAACAGCUGGUGGAGGUGGCGGAGAAAUGGUGUUCGUCGGUUCCGUUCGAUCUGAUCUUUGCGGAGGAGGAUGAUGAGAGAAGACUGGACUUCUACGUGGAACCGGGAAUCUCCUUCUAUGUCCUUUGUCCCGAUAACAUGACCGGAGGGACCGAUAAUUUCGUAAGUGUGUGUGUGCGUAUGUAUGUGUAUGUGUUUGUGUAUGCGUGUGUGUGGUUGCAGUGUUUUGGGGUUUGCUUUUCGGGUCCCCCCGGCGCAGUGUGUGUGUGUGUGUGUGUGUGCGUGCGCAACGGGAAUGAUGUCAUUGCAGUUUGAUUUGGUGCACCGGACUGGCGCGCAUGUUGUUUUGGCCGCAUUAUAUGCCGUGACUCGUUUUAUCUGCAGACAGCUGUGAUAAACCGCAUUGAGCUGCUAUGGGCAUGCCGCCUGUCCUACGCAUAUAGACACAGGCCUGCAAUAGCAGUGCUGUUGUUGUUUUGUUAGAGAAGCGUCCGCUGCUCUCUAGUCCCCACAGUUCGCCUGGCGCGGCGCCCGGCAGUAAAUAUAUUAUGUCAGCAGCCGCAGCGGUAGUGGGGCCUAGAAGGACUCAUAGCCGUGCAUCCCUCCAUAGGGAACUGGCAGUAAUACCUCAUGUUGUAUACAUUUUCUAUGUAAACAUGUAAUGCACAUACAGAGUCACUCAGCUCCUGUAUGAUGCAGAUGUGUUUUUUCAUGUAGGCCUAAUGCCAUCCUCCUUUGGUCUCUCUAUUCUGGGAAUGUUUACUGCACUAGGUCCCAUCCUCCACAUCCCCACCAUCUCCGCCACUUUCUCUCCCUCCUUCUCUCUCCCCUCUCUGAUUCUCUCUCUCACUAUCACUCCCUCACACACACACAAAAUGUUUUGUUCUUCUAUCCUCGUGGGGACCUAAAAAAGUAAUCCAUUCCGAAUCCUAUUUUCCCUAAAACCUAACCCUAAACCUUACCACAACCCUAACCUUAACCCUAAACCUAACCACUAACCCUAAUUCUAACAUUAACCCACACAGUGAAUGCACCGGUCCCUCUCGGUCACAGGGGGACACCAUUUAGGGUUGGCCAAUCCCUGGAGAGCUCAUGGGCGUGCCAAGGCUUUAGUUCAGGAGGCUAACAUAGUCUUGUGUCACACGGAUUCAAACCCCGGUCAGUUAUACCUGUGUGAUUCCCUCACGUCCAUGUCCAGUAUCUUGAUGUUCAGUGUAUGUGUAUGUGUGUUUGCGUGCGCAUGUAUGUGUACGUGUGGAACUACAGCAGUAGUUUUUCCAGUAAUACUCCUACUUGAUCUCCUGUCCUUGGAGGUGUGUGUUAUCUCGCUCUCUAAUCUCUGGGUUCUUCUUCUACUGGCUGUACUCUGACCUCAUAUAAAACUUAGUGUAUCUACCCAACAUCUACCAUUUAUAUACACUACCAGUCAAAAGUUUUUUACACACCUACUCAUUCAAGGAUUUUUGUAGAAUAAUAGUGAAGACAUCAAAACUACGAAAUAACACAUAUGGAAUCAUGUAGUAACCAAAAAAGUGUUAAACAAAUCAAAAAUAUAAAUAGCCACCCUUUGCCUUGAUGACGGCUUUGCACAUUCUUGGCAUUCUCUCAACCAGCUUCAUGAGGUAUUCACCUGGAAUGCAUUUCAAUUAACAGGUGUGCCUUCUUAAAAGUUAAUUUGUGGAAUUUCUUUCCUUCUUAAUGCGUUUGAGCCAAUCAGUUGUGUUGUGACAAGGUAGGGGGGUAUACAGAAGAUAGCUCUAUUUGGUAAAAGACCAAGUCCAUAUUAUGGCAAGAACAGCUCAAAUAAGCAAAGAGAAAAGACAGUCGAUCAUUACUUUAAGACAUGAAGGUCAGUCAAUACGGAACAUUUCAAGAACUUUGAACGUUUCUUCAAGUGCAGUCGCAAAAACCAUCAAGCACUAUGAUGAAACUGGCUCUCAAGAGGACCGCGACAGGAAUGGAAGACCCAGAGUUACCUCUGCUGCAGGGGAUAAGUUCAUUAGAGUUACCAGCCUCAGAAAUUGCAGCCCAAAUAAAUGCUUCACAGAGUUCAAGUCACAGACACAUCUCAACAUCAAUUGUUCAGAAGGGACUGCGUGAAUCAGGCCUUCAUGUUCAAAUUGCUGCAAAGAAACCACUACUAAAGGACACCAAUAAGAAGAAGAGACCUGAUUGGGCCCAGAAACAUGAGCAAUGGACAUUAGACCGGUGAAAAUGUGUCCUUUGGUCUGGAGUCCAAAUUUUAGAUUUUUGGUUCCAACCGCCGUGUCUUUGUGAGAUGCGGUGUGGGUGAACGGAUGAUCUCCGCAUGUGUAGUUCCCACCGUAAAGCAUGGAGGAGGAGGUGUUAUGGUGUGGGGGUGCUUUGCUGGUGACACUGUCUGUGAUUUAUUUAGAAUUCAAGGCACACUUAACCAGCAUGGGUACCACAGCAUUCUGCAGCAAUACGCCAUCCCAUCUGGUUUGGGCUUAGUGGGACUAUCAUUUGUUUUUCAACAGGACAAUGACCCAACACACCUCCAGGCUGUGUAAGGGCUAUUUUACCAAGAAGGAGAGUGAUGGAGUGCUGCAUCAGAUGACCUGGUCUCCACAAUCCACCGACCUCAACCCAAUUGAGAUGGUUUGGGAUGAGUCGGACCGCAGAGUGAAGGAAAAGCAGCCAACAAGUGUUCAGCAUAUGUGGGAACUCCUUCAAGACUGCUGGAAAAGCAUUCCAGGUCAAGCUGGUUGAGAGAAUGCCAAAAGUGUGCAAAGCUGUCAAGGCAAAGAGUGGCUAUUUGAAGAAUCUCAAAUCUCAAAUAUAUUUUGAUUUGUUUAACACUUUUUUGGUUACUACAUGAUUCCAUAUGUGUUAUGUCAUAGUUUUGAUGUCUUCACUAUUAUUCUACAAUGUAGGAAAUAGUAAAAAUAAAGAAAAAUCCUUGAAUGAGUAGGUUUUUCCAAACUUUUGACUGGUACUGUAUACCUUUGACAUUAGCACAGUAAUACGGUAAUAAUGUGACAAUGUGGCUAUAUGGGUUAUGUUAAUAACCUGUGUGUGUGUGUGUGUGUGGUGUGUGUGUGUGUGUGUGUGUGUGUGUGUGUGUGUGUGUGUGUGUGUGUGUGUGUGUGUGUGUGUGUGUGUGUGUGUGUGUGUGUGUGUGUGUGUGUGUGUGUGUGUGUGUGUGUGUGUGUGUGUGUGUGUGUGUCCGUCUACAGCAUGUAUGGAGUGAGAGUGAGGACUGCCUGCCGUUCCUACAGCUAGCCCAGGACUACAUCUCCUCCUGCGGGAAGAAAACUCUGCUAGAGGUCCUGGACAAAGUCUUCACUUCCUUUAGACCUGUAAGUAGCCUAACGCUAUAAAAUAAAACAACUAGGUGUUCGGUCGUAGCCGGCCGCGACCGGGAGACCCAUGGGGCGGCGCACAAUUUGCCCAGCGUCGGGGAGGGAAUGGCCGGCAGGGAUGUAGCUCAGUUGGUAGAGUAAUAAUAAUUGGUCAUUUAGCAGACGCUCUUAUCCAGAGCGACUUACAGGAGCAAUUAGGGUUAAGUGCCUUGCUCAAGGGCACAUCGACAGAUUUUUCACCUAGUCGGCUCGGGGAUUAGAACCAGCGACCUUUCGGUUACUAGCACAACGCUCUUAACCACUAAGCUACCUGCCGCCCCGGUAGAGCAUGGCGUUUGCAACGCCAGGGUUGUGGGUUCGAUUCCCACGGGAGAAGAAAAAAAAAUGAGAAAAAAAAUGUAUGCACUCACUCUGGAUAAGAGCGCCUGCUAAAUGACAAACAUUUAAAAAAUGUAAAUGUAACUACACUACUCCUAAAGAAUAUUACAUAACAUAUAAUAUAUAACAUCUCUCUCUCUCUCUAGUUGCUGGGUCUACCAGACAUAGAUGAUGAGACAUUUGAGCAGUACCAUGCAGGCGUGGAGGACGAACCAGAGCCGGACCACCAGCAGAUGGGAGUCAGCCAGCAGUGAUGCCUACAGAAGAGGUGUCCGGCUGGGCCACAAUAACUACCCACGCCUCUGGUCUCAUCCCCUGCAUCAAUACACAGGCCCAACGACCCUGUAGCGACUAUACAAAGUCAUAAUGUAUACUCAGAUUCAUAAUGUACACAGACACACACACACACAGGACAGCCUGCUGAAAUGUACCAUUGCGUUCUUUAACUUAUCAAAAGCUUUGCUCUCCAGAUAUUGCACUCCUUCUAAUGUCACAGACACACACACACACACACGCAC